CUCCACUGGCCUUAUCCCGAUCAGUUUAUUUUGAGCCGCGGUGAAAAGCAAACGUAACUUUGUUAGAGUUGAUCGUCUGUCUGUAAAAUUUCCAUACAGAGUCCCAAUCCAUUGCCAUGGCAGCCAUAAUUCCCAACGCGAUCUUCAGCAACGGCAACAGCAUUCCGAUGAUUGGACUCGGAACGUGGAAUUCUCCUCCUGGAGUUGUUACACAAGCCGUAAAAGAUGCAAUUGAAAUCGGCUAUCGACACAUCGAUUGCGCCCACGUGUACCAAAACGAGCAUGAAGUUGGCGAUGGAAUAGCUGCCAAAAUUCAAGAUGGGACAAUCAAGCGCGAGGACAUAUUCGUAACGAGCAAACUAUGGAAUACGUUCCAUCGCCCGGAUUUGGUGGAAGGCGCCUUGAAAGUUACUUUGAAAAACCUUAAGCUCGCCUACUUGGACCUGUACUUGAUACACUGGCCAGUGGCAUACAAAGAAGGCGAUGAGCUGUUCCCAAUGGGCCCCGAUGGUAAAACGUUUAUCUUUUCCGAUGCCGACUAUGUGGACACUUGGAAGGAAAUGGAAAAAUUGGUGGAUGCCGGCUUGGUGAAGAACAUCGGUUUGUCUAAUUUCAACUCAAAGCAGAUUCAACGCGUGUUGGAUGUCGCUCGCAUUAAACCGGUCUGCAAUCAGAUUGAGAAUCAUGCGUACCUCCAUCAAUCCAAGUUGACUGCUUUCUGCAGGGAGAAAGGAAUAAUCGUGACGGCAUACAGUCCUCUUGGAUCACCGGCAAGACCGUGGGUUAAAAAGGACGACAUUGUCCUGCUGCAUGAUCCAAAACUAAAGACCAUAGCCGAUAAACACGGAAAGGAACCGGCCCAGAUUCUUAUCCGCUACCAAAUCCAGUUGGGUCACGUGGUAAUUCCCAAAUCUGUUACUAAAUCCAGGAUCGCAUCCAACUUCGAUGUGUUCAACUUUGAGUUGGAUGCUGAUGAUAUGAAACAACUGGCUGCGCUGGAACGGAAUGAACGCAUUUGCCCGGAAUUUGGAGCCUUCGGUCAUCCUCAUCAUCCGUUCGAAAAGGAAGAAUAAUUCAUUUCAGUUGGAGUAUUUAUCCAUAUGCCUGCUAUGGUGGUCCAUCCAGUCAAUUAGCGAAUUUACAUGAAUGCAUGUAAUGGGGCUCCAUUAUGUGCAAUUUAUUGUAGAUAUAUGCGAAAUCGUCAAGGGCGCUGCUUGGCAGUAGAUCACAUUUCAGUGUUAUGAGUUAUUGUUGCUAAAAAUAAAUGGAGAUGCAAUGAUAUAACUA